AUGGGAACAACUGCAUCACGCCACCUGAGCGCCGAGGAGCUGCGCGAUAUCCAGCACGAUACGGGUUUCUCACUGGCGCGGAUCGACUACCUCUAUGGCCACUACCAGGCCCUGGAUCGCGACUCCAAAGAUCAAGUGCUGCGCAGUGAACUGCUGCGAGUGCCGCCGGUGGCGGCGCAUCCACUGGCGGAGCACAUGGUGGACACCAUGCUGUUUCCGUCGCUCGGCUUCCGGCACUUUGUGCGCGGCCUGGCCAACUUCCGGCGCAGCGAGCCGCUCGACCGGAAGCUGGCCUCCACGCUCCGCCUCUUCGACGAGGAUGGCGACGGGCUGCUCAGCGCCGAGCAGGGCCACGCCCUGCUGGCCCGCCUACCGGCGACGCGACGCGAAAUGCGCGCCAUGCGCUGGCGCCUCAAUCAGGUGCUGGCCGAGAAGGAGCUGCUGGACUCCGAGGACGUUGCCCACAUCACCAGGGGUCUGGACCUGGAGCAGAGUCUCUCGCUGCGAUUCCUCUGA